AUGUUCAAUGUGGACUUCGUCUUGAAAUUAUUUUUGCCUGUUGCAGCCAUCAAGGAAUUCCAGCCACAAGAUGCCACGACAAACCCGUCGUUGAUUCUAAUCGCCGCAAGCAUGCCCCAGUAUCAGAGUCUGAUCGACAAAGCUAUCGAAUAUGGCAAGAAAUCUGGAGGUGAAUUGACUGAGCAGGUAGCGGCGGCCAUCGACAAGCUAUCUGUGCUUUUCGGUUGCGAAAUCCUGCGGCUUGUUCCGGGCCGAGUUUCCACCGAGGUCGAUUCGCGGCUAUCUUUCGACAUUGAGGCGAAUGUUGCGCGCGCGAAGAAGUUGAUCGAUCUGUAUGAGGAAGAAGGCAUCAGUAAGGAUCGGAUUUUGAUCAAGCUUGCUUCUACUUGGGAAGGCAUUCAGGCAGCAAAGAUUCUGGAAGAGGAGCAUGGGAUCCAUUGCAAUCUGACGCUUCUCUUCAGUUUCUGUCAAGCUGUCGCUUGCGCAGAUGCUGGAGUGACUCUUAUAUCGCCGUUUGUGGGACGAGUUCUCGACUGGUAUCUAUCGGCGACUGGGAAGAGCAGCUUUCCGAUCGAAGAUGAUCCCGGCGUGCUUCGCGUCAAGGAAAUUUACAACUACUAUAAGAAGUUCGGCUACAAGACCGUUGUGAUGGGAGCUUCGUUUCGAAAUGUCGAUGAGGUGAAAGCUUUGGCAGGAAUCGAUCUCGUGACAGUCAGUCCGAAGUUGCUCGAUGCGUUGAAGAACUCCAAUGAUCCCGUCCCACAGAGUCUGUGUCCUACUAAAGCUGCUGAUUGUGACCUGGAGAAAGUUGAGUUUGACGAGAAGUCAUUCCGUUGGGCAUUGAACGAGGAUCAAAUGGCGACCGAGAAAUUGUCCGACGGAAUCCGGAAGUUUGCCGCGGAUUCGGUGAAACUCGAGAAGAUUUUAACGGAGAGACUCACUGCGUCCAAUGGAAUCUGUUUAAUAUGUUGCGGGAUGUCGAAAAUCUUCGAAGCAUUUACCAAAUCGCCGCGCAUUUCAUCAAUACUUAAACGAGGAUUAAGUCAUGCUCGUGAUUCGUCGGAAUCGCCGGGUAAAAUCAAAGCUUACUACGAGACACUGAAUUUGAGAGCGGGGAGUAACUCGGAAGAAGUUCGUGCAGCUUUCAUUAAAUUAGCGAAGCGACUUCAUCCCGAUUCCGGUUCACCGAAUGCCUCCAAGGAACGAUUUCAAGAGGUCAAGGAAGCCUAUGGAAGACUCUUGGAAUAUUUGAAUGAGAACCCAGCUGUUCCCUUCGCCGAAAAUGAGGCUGAUGAUGUGGAUUCUGUCCAUGAUGUCGAUUAUGGAAUUAAACACAAGCCACCACAAUUUCGCAAGUAUCUAACUUACGAAGGCGUGGGGGAAGGACCACCUGGCAAAAGAAUGCGCGAGUAUCAAAAGAUCAGAGCGAAUCUCGCCGCGGAAAACGUUCUCCAGCAUCGCUUGAAUAAAUACGUCGGAGAGGCGUCAGACAAUAAUUCUCUGUUAGCUAAGGACACCCGCGAAGCAAAAAAGCAGAAAUCAGCGGGAUUCGGCUUUGAACGCUUGGUUGAGGACCUGAUUCAAGAGUCCAUGGCGAAGGGGGAGUUCAACAAUCUGAAGGGCUCCGGAAAGCCCUUGGAGCGGUAUAAAAACAUAACUAAUCCUUAUGUUGACACCGUCACGCAAAAAAUCAACGAGGUGCUGAUUGACAACGGCUUUGCUCCGGAAUGGAUUCAGUUGGAAAAGGAGAUAAGAAUCAUGAGGGACUCGUUGCGGAAACGCCUGCAAACGGGAUUGACUUCAAUCGGACCAAGUUUCGCGUCUCGUCAUCCCCGCGCCGUUGACAAAUGGGAAAAGCUUCUGAAAUCCCUGGAACAAGACGUGGCUGAUUUGAAUGUCAAGAUUGACAAGUACAACCUCGUCGUGCCCAUUAUGAGUCGACAAACUGUUCGAUUUAAUUUGGCACGAGAGGCCGAGAAAGUUCAGUCCUCGGUUUCUUCGAGUGACUUGAAGGAAAGCUCGGGGCGCCAUGUGUAAAUUAGGUCGCAUCCCUCCCAUAAUGAAAUUCCUUGUGAUGAAUCUUCGAGAUUACUUAUUGUGACGUACUCCGGUGCAACGUUCAGCAAUUGUAGGAAUGAAUUUCGAAAAAUCGCGACGUGAAGAUUGAAUGACUGAAGAAACGAUGUGUUGAAAAAAUACGCAGUUGUUUCAUUCUCAAAACCA